GGCGAGGAGAGGGGAGCGGCCGCUGGCGGGCGGCGGCGGGCACCAGCUGCGGGAGCAGGUAGUCUACGCGGAGGUGGGCAGGUGGCCCCCAGCGGGUGAGCGCGCAGGCGGGGGCUCCGACCCGCCGCUCCCCGAUGCUGCGGUGAGCACACGUUGCACUUGCCGCGCUAGCCCCAGGCAGCCCACUCUCUCCGAGCAGCCAUCCCGGGCCCUACCUGCGGCCGCCGUCGGGGGAGGGGGUCCCCCCAGCUCUGCGGAGCCGCAUGAACAAUAGGCGGCGGCGGCUCCUGCGGGCGGCGGCAGCCCCGCACCCUAUGGAUCGGCCGCUCUAUGGAGCCCUCCAGAGCGCUUCUCGGCUGCCUGGCAAGCGCCGCCGCUGCCGCCCCGCCGGGGGAGGAUGGAGCGGGGGCCGGGGCCGAGGAGGAGGAGGAAGAGGAGGAGGAAGCGACGGUGGCCCCCCGGGAGCUGGGCUCCGACGCGCCGCUGCCCUACUGGACCGCCGUGUUCGAGUACGAGGCGGCGGGCGAGGACGAACUGACCCUGCGGUUGGGCGACGUGGUGGAGGUGCUGUCCAAGGACUCGCAGGUGUCCGGCGACGAAGGCUGGUGGACGGGGCAGCUGAACCAGCGGGUGGGCAUCUUCCCCAGCAACUAUGUGACCCCGCGCAGCGCCUUCUCCAGCCGCUGCCAGCCCGGCGGCGAGGACCCCAGUUGCUACCCGCCCAUUCAGUUGUUAGAGAUUGAUUUUGCGGAGCUAACCCUGGAAGAGAUUAUUGGCAUCGGGGGCUUUGGGAAAGUCUAUCGCGCUUUCUGGGUAGGGGACGAGGUCGCCGUGAAAGCAGCUCGCCACGACCCUGACGAGGACAUCAGCCAGACCAUAGAGAACGUUCGCCAGGAGGCCAAGCUCUUCGCCAUGCUGAAGCACCCCAACAUCAUUGCUCUUAGGGGGGUGUGUCUGAAGGAACCCAACCUCUGCUUGGUCAUGGAGUUUGCUCGUGGAGGACCUUUGAAUAGAGUGUUAUCUGGGAAGAGGAUCCCCCCAGACAUCCUGGUGAACUGGGCUGUGCAGAUUGCCAGAGGCAUGAACUACUUACACGAUGAGGCGAUUGUCCCCAUCAUCCACCGCGACCUUAAGUCCAGCAACAUAUUGAUCCUCCAGAAGGUGGAGAAUGGAGACCUGAGCAACAAGAUUCUGAAGAUCACUGAUUUUGGCCUGGCUCGGGAAUGGCACCGAACCACCAAGAUGAGCGCGGCAGCAUAUGCUUGGAUGGCACCCGAAGUCAUCCGUGCCUCCAUGUUUUCCAAAGGCAGCGAUGUGUGGAGCUAUGGGGUGCUGCUUUGGGAGCUCCUGACCGGCGAGGUGCCCUUCCGAGGAAUCGACGGCUUAGCAGUCGCGUAUGGAGUGGCCAUGAACAAGCUCGCCCUUCCCAUCCCUUCUACGUGCCCAGAACCUUUUGCCAAACUCAUGGAAGAUUGCUGGAACCCCGACCCCCAUUCACGACCACCCUUCACAAAUAUCCUGGACCAGCUGACUACCAUAGAGGAGUCUGGUUUCUUUGAAAUGCCCAAGGACUCCUUCCACUGCCUGCAGGAUGACUGGAAACAUGAGAUUCAGGAGAUGUUUGACCAACUCAGGGCCAAAGAAAAGGAGCUCCGCACCUGGGAGGAAGAGCUGACGCGGGCCGCACUGCAGCAGAAGACGCAGGAGGAGCUGCUGCGGCGCCGCGAGCAGGAGCUGGCCGAGCGGGAGAUCGACAUCCUGGAACGGGAGCUCAACAUCAUCAUCCACCAGCUGUGCCAAGAGAAGCCCCGGGUGAAGAAACGCAAGGGCAAGUUCCGGAAGAACCGGCUGAAGCUCAAGGAUGGAAACCGCAUCAGCCUCCCUUCUGAUUUCCAGCACAAGUUCACGGUCCAGGCCUCCCCGACCAUGGAUAAAAGGAAGAGUCUCAUCAACAGUCGCUCCAGUCCUCCUGCAAGCCCCACCAUCAUUCCUCGCCUUCGAGCCAUCCAGUUGACACCAGGUGAAAGCAGCAAAACCUGGGGACGGAGCUCAGUCAUCCCAAAGGAGGAAGGGGAGGAGGAGGAGAAAAGGGCUUCCAAGAAGAAGGGACGGACAUGGGGGCCAGGCACGCUUGGUCAGAAGGAGCUUGGCUCAGGAGAUGAAGGAUCCCCUCAGAGACGUGAGAAAGCUAAUGGUUUAAGUACCCCGUCAGAAUCUCCACAUUUCCACUUGGGCCUCAAGUCCCUGGUAGAUGGAUACAAACAGUGGUCGUCCAGCGCCCCCAACCUGGGGAAGGGCCCGAGGAGUAGCCCGGCUCUGCCGGGGUUCACCAGCCUUAUGGAGAUGGAGGAUGAGGAUAGCGAAGGCCCAGGGAGUGGGGAGAGUCGUCUACAGCAUUCAUCCAACCAGUCCUACCUCUGUAUCCCAUUCCCUCGUGGGGAAGACGGGGAUGGCCCCUCCAGUGACGGAGCCCACGAGGAGCCCACCCCUGUCAACUCAGCCACUAGUACCCCUCAGCUGACGCCAACCAACAGCCUCAAGCGGGGCGGCGCCCACCACCGCCGCUGUGAGGUGGCUCUGCUUGGCUGUGGGGCUGUUCUCGCAGCCACAGGCCUAGGGUUUGACCUGCUGGAAGCUGGCAAGUGCCAGCUGCCUCUCCCAGAGGAGCCUGAGCCACCAGCCCGGGAGGAGAAGAAGAGGCGUGAAGGUCUUUUUCAGAGGGCCAGCCGUCCUCGCAGGAGCACCAGCCCCCCAUCCCGGAAGCUCUUCAAGAAGGAAGAGCCCAUGCUGUUGCUCGGAGACCCCUCCGCCUCCCUCACACUGCUGUCUCUCUCCUCCAUCUCCGAGUGCAACUCCACCCGCUCCCUGCUGCGUUCGGACAGCGACGAGAUCGUGGUCUACGAGAUGCCUGUCAGCCCAGUGGAGGCCCCGCCCCUGACGCCCUGCACCCACAACCCCUUGGUCAACGUCCGAGUGGAGCGCUUCAAACGAGACCCCAACCAAUCCCUGACUCCCACCCACGUCACCCUUACGGCCCCCACGCAACCCAGUGGUCACCGGCGGACUCCUUCUGAUGGGGCCCUCAAGCCAGCGGCCCUCGUAGCCAGCAGAAGCCCUUCUAGCAACGGGUUGAGCCCCAGCCCCGGAGCAGGAAUGUUGAAAACCCCCAGCCCCAGCCAAGACCCCGGUGAAUUCCCCCGUCUCCCUGACCCCAAUGUCGUCUUUCCCCCGACCCCGAGGCGCUGGAACACACAGCAGAACUCGACCUUGGAGAGACCCAAGACCCUGGAGUUUCUGCCUCGGCCCCGGCCCUCUGCCAACCGGCAGCGGCUGGACCCUUGGUGGUUCGUGUCCCCCAGCCAUGCCCGCAGCACCUCCCCGGCUAACAGCUCCAGCACAGAGACCCCCAGCAACCUGGACUCCUGCUUGGCCAGCAGCAGCAGCACUGUGGAGGAGCGGCCUGGGCUGCCAGCCUUGCUCCCGUUCCAGGCGGGGCCGCUGCCCCCCGCCGAGCGGACGCUCCUGGACCUGGACGCAGAGGGCCAGAGUCAGGACAGCACUGUGCCACUGUGUCGCGCUGAACUGAACACACACAGGCCUGCCUCUUACGAGAUCCAGCAAGAAUUCUGGUCCUAGCGUGAAAAGCGUCAGGGGUGGGCUGGGGGAAGCAGGGGGUGAUAGGGGAGCUGGCUGGCACAGCCCUUUCUCAGAGUCGGACCCCCUGGGAUCCAGUCCUACUUCUUGCACUGAAAAUGCACUUUGAAGAUGGAAGGGAUGGAGGCAGGGCCACUUCAGAGGGUCUCGGGCCCUGCAGACCCACGUCCACUGGAGGGGCUGUGGCUCUCAGCUCUGGCUGUGUAGGGGAGGGAGGGGUGCAUGCACGUCCCCUGUCCUCCACAGUCUUCCUCGCCUUUAGGGUGACCCUGCAGUGUCACUCAGCCAAAUCUGUCUGCUGCUCCCUCCCCUCAGCCCCCUGUGUGCGCCCAGAGCCAGUCCCAGGGUCCCUCAGUUAGCCCUGAGUUCAACCUUCCCAAACACACCAGUAUUGGAUGUUCUGUGAUUGAUUUUGUUCCUCUGCCACGUUCUGCCCUCGUACCCGUGAAUCAGAAUCUUGUUUGAUGUGAGAUAUGAGCUUUUCUGUGCCCUAAGCCCUUACGUGCCAGCUGGAGGAGUGAAGGCAAGGUGCCCCAGCGCGGGGUGUGGGAGGCGAUGGGCCCGGUAUGACCUACCUGCACUUCCCGGCAGCCCCGCUUAUUCAUUUGGGCCUACCAGUGAGUGGCAGAGGGCACUGCCUCAGUGAGAACUGGUGGGAGGGGAGGGAGUCAGGGAAAAUGCAGUCGAGUUGCAGUUAAGAGGGUAACAGAGUCUGUCUGUCCUUGUUCCUUUUGGAAAAACUCGAAGGAGGGAAGAAUCCAGCACCUGUUGACGGCACCCAUCUCCUACCUGGGGUCCCAACACGGUCAGACCGGCUCUGAUACAAACAUAUGCUCGUCCCAUGAUGAAGUUUCUUGGGAUGCCAGAGGCAGAGUUCCUCUGUCUGUCCCUUUUGUUGUCUGACCUUCCUGGGUUCUUUCCUCCCCGUGAUCUUUCCUCCAGUCCCUGGAAAUAGUGGACUUCGGGUAUUGUGAUUGGUUGGUAGACAUCUCUGUCAGGGGUGGGGUCCUGGACCCUGGGGUUGGAACUGGGUGGGGAUGUUCCCCAGCCAGGCCGUCCAUUCUGUAAUCCCUUGAAAUAAAACAGAGCCGUGAGUGGUACCUCCUGUAAAUGGAUGUAGUGAGGCGAUGAUGUCUGUAAGGUGCUUCGUGAGCCACCAGCGUACAGUAACCUUCAAGUCCCAACCUGGAGCCCGACCUUGGCCUCUAGUCUCUGGGCCCAGGUAGCCCCUAAUGCUGGGCUCUGGACCAUGAGCUGGGUAGAAAGGACAACAGUGGCCAGCCCUGACUUUUCUGGAAUUUGUUUCCUUGACUUGAAUGUUGCGCUGCUUCUGGAGCUUUCUCAUGCAUGUCCUCACUAUUCCACCCACUCUGAGAGCUCCGGUGCCAAGUGUGGACAGUUGCCUUUGUGGGAAAAUAACUACUGGACUGGGAGUGGAGUCCUUAGGUCCUGCUCCUCCCCCCUCAAGACUAAAUGUCGCACCACUGUUGUCUCGUGGAAUGUUCCUCUGGAGGUACCGGGGGCCAACUGCGCGCUCGAGCUCUCACUCUCUCUCUCUCUCUCUCUCUCUCUCUCUCUGCAACUGUGAUAGACAUUCUUCCUUGGCGACUGUGAGGGGUGACCUUGGUUUUCAAAUUGUUCCUUGUUUUAUGAGGCCAGUGGGCACUUUGGUUCAGGGCCCACCUUGUCAUCGGCCGAGAGUUGCUGUUGGUUUUGGGUCCCAGGGUCUGCCGUUGCAUCUCACCCUCUACUCCUGUUUGUGCAGGGAAGCCUACGUGUAAGAAAGACAUUGUGUGGGCCCCGAUUCCCCGCUCCUCAGAUCGGAGGGAUACAAUGUGAAUCCUGUCAGCAGUUCAGCCAGCCAAGUGAUCCUUCUUCAUUCUCGGUGGGGAGAGGGGCACGGGUGGUCUGUUCUGUGGCCUCCCCUGGACUCUCUGUCUGUCUCCCCGGUCUCUAAGCCACUAACACAUCUGUAAACCACUCAGCGGCCCUCUGGUGGGGUGCAGCUCACAGCCUAAUCCAAACCCUGCUGGCUCUGGUCAGUGCUCUGGGGUACGAGGCAGGAUUUUUUUUUUUCCCUUGCUCCUUUUCUACUUCUUGUCAUUUUCUUAGGUUGUAGCCAUCUUUCUUGGAAGUGGUAGUGUAACUGAUGUAGCGUAAACCGAAUGGCAGCUGCUUGCCAUUGAGUGACAGCUUGAACCCAGUUCUUACUCCUCCAUCCAGGGGGAGACGGGAAGGCUGGGUCUCUGCUAAGGGAAGAAUUGGGCCUGCCAGAGCAGAAGCAGAGUUAUUCUGAAAACACUUCUGUCAGUUCCCACGCAGGUGGAGGAGCUACCAUCUCUUUCUGAUGGGCCCCUGCCUGCCACACUCUCCCUGUAGGGCAAGGCUGGGAGAAGGAUCCUGUAUAGUAACAGGUUUGAGUUGCUUUCUGUUCACUGAGGUUCCCUUGCAUCUGUGGUCAUGGUCAGGAUCGGGCCUUGAACCUGGGGCUCAAGCCUCUGCAGUGGCAAUAGCGGCCCCCCUUUUCCCUCUUCUUCACUUCCCUCUGAGACUUUUCCUCACUCUUGGCAGGUGCUCUCUAGAUGGAAGAUGGGGAUAGGAAACAGAUCCUGCCCCUGGCCCUUUCUCCUUGGAUCUGUGGGCCCCUUCUCUGAUGCUGAACAGGACUGUCCUUUGUUUACAGCCUCGGGCAUCCAGAUCACUUCCAGGGCUGAGCAGAUGUCCCAGAUAGCUCAUGGGUUAUUUUUCUAAAAGGCUCUUAACUUGCCAUCCUUCAGCAUCCCCAGGGUCUGGUAGUGGUGAUGGUGAUGGCGAUAUGGCAGUGAUGACAUCUUACAUUUGCAUGACUCGGAAUAACGCUAACCUUUCCUCCUGACCUCUACAAAAUUACAUCGUUUUCCUUCUACAUUUGGUGUCCUUGCUGACAGAGAAGGGGAAGUGCUUAAAGACAAAGAUCCAAGUGAAGAGAAAUUAAAAAGCCGCUCGGACUGAUGGCUAAGUCGGGCACCAGGCCGGGAGGCCUGAGCAAGCUGGCUCUGCCCCCUAUUCUGCUUUUGCUGGCUGACCUCGGGCUUGUCUCUUUGCCCGUCUCAGAUUUCCUUCCUGCAAAAGCUGCUCCCCGCACAAGGGCACUGAGAGUCAGUGUCAGCAGGUUGCGGAGGCAUGCGGCUCCGGCGGGGAGACUAGGACACACUCCCCAGGUUGACAAUGUGGCUCUCACCCCCUUUGUUUCUAGAGGACUCACCUGCUGUGUCUUCCUUUGUCUUCCGGAAAAGGAGUGAUUGGCAGUUGGCUUUGCAUGACCCACGGGAACUGUGGUCAGACAUGUGCUUUUCUGCAUGUAUGUAGCACCUGAUGUUUACGAGCAACCUUCCAAAUCCCCCCACUUGCCAGGCGGUCAUCCCUGUCUUACAGAGCAGCCAGUGGUUGGAGCGGCAACAGAAUGGCAGUUUGGGGUCUCUGACUUCUUGGAGGCAUUCCCAGAGUCUUGUUUCUUUAGAGACUGGAAUCCACCAAGUUCCUGGAAGAAUCUUUGGGAAGGGGUCUGCUGGCCCUUGGGAUAUGGGUCAUGGUAUGGAUGUCCUCACAAAACCCUUUUCCCUCAGACUGUGCUUGCUCAGGGACAUGGUGAGACACCCCCAAGGGCAGGUGGGCCUGACCUUGUCAACACUCUUUCUUGCUCUGCAGUCCCCGCGCUGGGACCUCAGCCCCUCACCCCCCACAAGGAGGGAGACACCUCCUGAGCAUUCCUAACUCUUCAAGCUCGCUUUUAACAAAGCACAGAGCAGCAGGUACUGAAACUAGGUGGCUGUGAAUGGUGCACGUCAGGGGUGGAGCGUCCGUGUGGCAGGCCCCUCUGAAUGCAGAACCUGACCUUUUCCUUUCAUUAAGCCUGUGCCUUUGACUCAGGAAUGUGCUGAUCUGAGCUGCCCACAUACUAGUCGUGCGACAUCACAAAUGUCUCUUCCUGUCUGGGGACCCCCUCAGCCCAACCGUGAACUGAGGACGAUGCUGCCUUCCCUACCGGAAGCAUGAGGUCCUUCUGGCUUUAAAACAUAUGGUCCUGGAGCCCCUGGGCCAGCCUCAUCUUGCUACAUCACUUCUCUUUGUGGAGAAAAAUCAUGUAUGUGGGUGGGGUAGGGCAAGGGGUUGUAGGUAAAAACCACUGGGAAAAAAAGCAACUUCACGUGGUUCAGCCUUCUAGACCUCGGGCCUCUCCUCAGCUUCAGGCCUGCGAACGGUUUCCUGUUAAGCCAGUUUUGUAGGAACACGUUCCCAAAUGCACCCCUCUCCCUUCAGACAAACCAUUGUUUCCUUAGAUCAGGAAUUCGGAUGAAUAAAGAUCCCCCUCAGAAAGGAAAACCCACAGCUGCUUCUGGGGGGUCCUCAGUCCCUGCUUUUUCCUGGCCUGGCCACCUGCGCACUCCCCACCUCAGGCACCCAUGUUGGAAGGCAGGAGGCGGAAACUGGAGUCCUGGCUGAUUAAGGCUAAUUAACCUUAGGUGGCUAAUUAACCUGACCCAGCCCUGGGCGUCUGGUUGGCUGUGCAGGCCAGGUGAGCGUCUCCUAGGCCUCUCAGACUGGACUGAGUAUGUUACGCUCAUCUUGAUGGGAUACUGACAGUCCCCACCCUCUCCUUCGUCCAUGAUCCAUGUCCAGUGUUGGGCCCUGGAAGCACCCUGGCCUCGCUAGGCUUCUGGGGAGCCCUAGCAUUUGCUCUUGCAAAGAGAGGUUGGGCUCCCUUCCUUAAUGUGGAGCCAGUAGGACUGGUCCUUCCUGAUUCUUACUGUCUGCGGUUCCCCGCACCCCUGCCGCAGCCUUGCCUUGGGCCUUCGGCUCACAGCUGCAGCCAGAAAUAAAGAAAUGGAGAAGGGCCCAGUGGUUUACCAGAGCGAGGAUAUUUUUCCACACCUCUCGAUGUUUCUCUCGGAAACAGACCCACCUUUCUCCUGACCGUCUUCCCUCCUGACUGGUCUGACCCACCUCCUCCCUGCAAACACCCACAACCUAGUUUUAACUAGACCGAUUGGCAGGCGGGGACCUGACAACUAGAUAGGCGCCUCAGGACGGGACACUGGAAACAAUUCCAGAGGCCAGAUGGGUUUCCGCAGGAGCCGGGGGAGUGCUGGCCUGCACUGCAGUGUUGCUUGUCUGCACUUACCGAAGGGCAGGACCGCACUGCAGAAGUAAUGUGUUGCCCACGUUCCUGAACUUCACACCCAGAUACCUGCGUUGACAGAUCCCGACUUUAUUUCAAAUUCUAAUAUGGUGUUCAACGUGGAUGUUUUCAUUAAUUUUAAUUUUUUAAAAUAUUGCAUCGAAAUAUGAUUCUUCUUGAUGAGUGAGUCUUUUGGGUGCCCCCUUCAAUUUUUCAUCUGAGGUGAGCCCUCCACCCCCCUCACCCUAGCAUGGGUCCUGCCUGCCUCUCACCUGGAUGUGGGGUGGUGCGCAGGCAGAAUUGGGAAGUAGGUUGUGUUUUUGUCUGAUUGCCCUUGCCCGCAAGUCCAGAGUGAGAGGGUCAUUUUCUGGGAGUGUUUGCAUUUAAAUGGGAAUGUGUCAACUUAAAACAGUGAAGCACCUUAGGACAGUUUUCAUCUUUGGACCUAUAACUGGGGUGACUUUUCCUUGAAGUUCUCUAGCUUCCUUUCAGCCUCCUUGAAGCCACUUAGAGGGGUGUGUGUGUGUGUGUGUGUGUAUAUGUGUGUGUGUGGUUUAGGGCAAGAAGUAAGUUGAUUAUAUUAGAGAGGACCUUUCUGAUUCUCAUCUUAAGCUUCUUUGGGACAUCUUUGAACUCCAGAAGCGUUGUGCCCCUUCUCCCCGCCAGGUUGCAGAGAGGGCUGGAGAGGGUGGGGGCUGUUCCCCAGCACCAUGCCUGGCCCUGUGCAUCUCCAUGCUGUCAGCCGUCACUCUCAUCUCAUCUUUGUUCCACUCGUCCUUUAUCUCUGCCUCCAGCCCCGGAGGCCAUGCUGGCUGUGGCUCUUCAUCACUGUCAGCAUGAGGCAUAGGUUUAUCCGGGCCUGGGCGUGUGGACUAACCAGAAAUCGUAAAAGACCAUUACAUUUCCUCUGUGUGGAAGGUGCUGCCCUAGAGGUUUAUUAUUGUUAUUAAUUACUGUUAUUUCGACUCAACAAUAAUCCUGGGAGGGGACGUGUGACCCCUGUCUGAGGGUGUGGGAACCGAGGCUCGGAUAAUGAUAAGACAUGCCCAAGGUCACACAGCUAGGAGGCAACACUACUGCUCUGCUUGGCCCCAAACUUGUCUCUCAUUUUUCCUCUGAGCACAUUGUAGGCCACUGUUUAGAAGCCCCGGGAUAAAGUCAGCCUGGCCUGGGCCCACCUAAGCUUGGGGACGGCUCUUUGUCCAAGAAGCAGUGUGUCCCUUGGCUAACCCACCUGCCUCCGUCACUGGAUUCAGCCGGCACGACCUGCGACUCCAGCGUUCAGCCGACAUCCUCUCUGCUCCUGGCUGUUCUCUCUGCCACCGUUUCCACAGCUGUUCAGGGAUUUGUUCCACACAGGGAUCGAACGUAUUGGUUCCGCAGCUCCUCUCCCAGCUCCCCUGAAGGCCCACGGGCCCUGGUCCUCCGUGUCCAGCCCCAGCGGCCCCGUUACUGCUCUCUGCCUCAGCUGCCACCCACAUCCCUCCCAGUCUCUCGAGCUUGGAAGCCUUAUUGCAGCUUCUUGGGAACUUGAAGUCAGGCUUUUGCCUUUUUGUUGUGUCGAGGAGCCAUGCGCCCUCUGUGCCCGGUUGUCGCAAAGAAGGGAGCUGAUGAACUUGCCAACUUUCUCCUCAUCACCCAUCCUCACGUGCUCACACAAAAAUUUAGUCUAAGAGUGUAUCGGUGUCUUCUAGAGGAUAAAGAAAAGGGGUUGGAGGUGGGUUUUAUCUAGUUCACAGAAAAAGCUUUCUUUGGGAUUUUCCUCCCUGUUCGAGCCUUUGAGUCUCAGCAACAAGAAGGUUCUCGCACGUGUUCAUCCUGCUCCUCUGUAAUUAGCUCCCACUUUUCAUCCCCAGGUCUUCCCUGCUCCCGUGUCCUGUCCACGUGUCCUUGAACUCCCACUUUGCUUUGGGAUAUAAGUUAUUGUAAUUUGUCAACAAUAUUUAAAAAUAGAAAAGUCCUGAAGGAAAAUUUUCAGGUUCUUUUGGCUUUUUUUUUUUUUUUCCAAGGUACUGUAAACGGUUGGCUGGGGAUGCCAAGCAGGCUUGGUUCAAUGCUAAACCUCUUAUCGUGUUACAGCGUGACGCUGAUCUCAGCCUGGUCUCGCCACCAGAGCACACACAAACUUGAAUAAAACCGUUACAACAAUGA